UCUCACUACUUCCCAACUCAACACUGGACAACUAUCACGCCCUCCUCAUCGCCUCGCCCGCCACCUCCAUCCGCGAAUGAUACCAAGAGAUAGAGACGACUAGAGCCUCACGAUCAGCAUCGCCAAGAUGCGCCUAAUUGCCGUCCCCCUCGCCCGUUCUGUGCGCUCCACCCUCCCUGCCUCCUCCUCCACGCCCCCACAACCAAUCUACACGCUCAUAAUUCAACGUUCCCCCCUCACCUCCACCUCGAGCCCCUCCUCAUCCUCCUCACCCUCCUCCUCCUCUUCAGCCAAACCACCCCUCUCAACCCGUCUCCUACACAAAGCCUCAGACUUCUGGAUCGCACUGGGGAAGGACGGUACCACCCCUGGGAAGAAGCUGGCCCUCUUCGAUUGGAAGAGACGGACCUACAAUGCAGGGGAGAAAUUGAUGGAUAGAAUCGAGCAUCAGGAGUGGGCACUCAAAGGCAUUGACCCUAAGGCUGGGCCGGCGUUGGUGCUCAACCCAUCCCCCUCCCACUCUCCCUCCUCCUCGUCUGAGUCCGACGCGGGAGCAGCCUCAGGGUCAGGAACAGGAAUAGCCACAAGCGCGACGCUUCCACUCCUCUAUCCCCCGACGCUCCUGCACCCUUCUUCCCUCCUACUCAGCCUCACCCGCCUAACAACGCAACGCACCCCGUACCACCGUACGCGCCUGCUGUACUGCCUUGUAGGGAUGCCCUUGACCAUCCCCUUCGCAUUGGUACCCGUGGUGCCUAAUCUCCCCUUCUUCUACCUGGUGUGGAGGGCGUACAGUCAUUGGAGGGCGUGGAAGGGGGCUGAAUAUCUGCGUGGGCUUUUGGAGCAGGGCAGAGUGGAAGGAAGGGCGAGUCAGGAGGUUGAGAGGGCGAUGCUGUUGGGUGGGGAGGGGAUGGAGGGGAUUGACGCCGCAGGGGGAGGAGCGCAAAUCCUGCUGACGGAGCAGGGCAUCGAACGAUUGCAGAGUGGGUUGGGGCUGGAUGAGCAGGCUAGACUCGAGUUGAGGAGAGCUUUGCAGCAGACGAGGCUUGCCGGGGAGAAGGGGGAGUUGGAGGAUAUACUGGCCAUGGAAGAAAAGGCGGCGAGCGCAGUAGGUGGAGAAGGUGGGCAGGGGGGAGGGGAGGAGAAGAUAGAUAGAUGAGCACGGGUGACAGAGACGAGAAACAACGGGCCCGUGGGGACGUGAUAAUGUCAUUUGGGACGCCAAGUAAUAGAUGCGGGCAUAGCUCUGACAAUGACGGUUCGGGAUGGUGGGGACUUGGAGUUGAGUGAGAGGAAGGAGAGCACAGAGAAGGCGUCAUGACGAGGCCUGAGCUUCCCCUUCUUCUUCGUCUUCGUUCCCUUCAUCAUACUCCUCCUCCGGCUCAUCUUCCUCCUCGCCUUGGCCCUGCUCGUAGUCCUCAUCAUCGCCAUUCGACUCGUCAUUGCCCCACUCAUCUCCCUCUUCUUGCCCCUCCCCAUCCUCCUCCUCACCGUCUUCCUGAUCAUCCUC